AUGCAAACCAACCCCGAUGCUAUUCGAGGUCGAGGUCUUUUCAAGCUAGUAACGGAUGAAGGUAUCGCUUCUUUGUACAGAGGAUGGGGUUGGACAAUGGCUAGAAACGCUCCCGGUUCUUUCGCUCUCUUCGGUGGUUCAGCAGUUGCCAAAGAAUACAUCUUCCAGCUUUCCGAUUACUCCUCUGCUACAUGGGGUCAAAACUUCGUCGCAUCAAUCGCCGGUGCCGUAGCUUCCAUCACCGUUGCUGCUCCUCUUGAUGUAGUCAAGACCCGUAUUCAAAAUGCCAACUUCAACUCCCAAGUCGGCGGUGGUGCCAUCAUCAAAGAGAUGAUCAGGACUGAAGGUGUCGGUGCAUUCUUCAAAGGUUUGACUCCCAAGAUCCUUGUCGUCGGUCCUAAACUCGUCUUCUCGUAUACUCUUGCCCAGAGUUUGAUCCCAUUCUUCGGUAAAUACGGUGAGUAA